ACUACCUUUGCUGAUUUCAUGUCCGCAGAAGGACGGAGGAUGUUCGGUGAGUUCCACCCCAUUGAGUUUGCACCUUCUGCUGUGGAAGAGGUGGAGGCACUGGUCAACCGUGCUGUGGUCAAUUUUUCCAGCCCAGGCAAUGGCUCUGUUCUCGACGCUCUGAGUGCGACGCUCGCUGAGGCUGAUCGGAGCGAGUUUGUGGCCGAUGCCUUUCUGGCGAGUGUGGACAAGGCCGAGAUCGACUUGCCGCCUCCGAGCAUGCCGACUGAUGAUGGUUCUGCUGCCAAGUCUGCUGGUGACCUUGGCGACUUGGAUGUCAAGAUGCUCGCCCAGGUUCGGACGGCUCUGGCCCAGUCGAUCAUCUUCUCGGCCGCCUCACUGAUGACCGACGAGUGGGAGGGCUCUCCCCGGGAGGGCGUGGUCUGCUCGGCGACGCAUGUCUUGGCUGGAGCCCGGGAGAAUGCCUGGCUCAACGCGUGGUGCCGCAUCGGUGACGAUGCCUACGACAAGGUCGACGAGCUGGCCAACGACGACGCCCUCACGGUGGCGACUGCCGAGCUUCGCGAGCGCAUCGUCGCUCUCGAGGAGUCCCUCCCUGACGCCAUUGUCCACGACAUGAAGCCGCCCAAGCACAGCCCAGCCGCCACCGAUCCGCCGCCGGCCUCGCUGGCACCCGCCUCGUUCCUCACCGCCCGCGCGUCGUCGGGCGUGACACAGCGCGAGCUCAAGGCGCUCGAGGCUGCGGUCGGCUUUGACCUCUCACCAUGGCUCCGCGCAUUCUACCUCGCGCGCGACGGCGUCUCGCUUGCCCACCUGAUUGUCCAUCCGUCGUGGCUGCUUCUUAACGAGCUGAUGGCGCACCGCCGCCCGCAGAUCAACUACUUUUCAACUCUUCACGCCGUGCCGGUCCGCAAUCCGGUCGCCGGCGGCCGAUGGGGCGAGGCGCUCGACGUUGCCCUCUGCACCACGGACGACAACGACGUCGUAGUCCAGGUCGAGCACUUUUUCCCGCCAUCGGACCUCACCUGCCUCCCGGCAUCGUCGCUCGACGAGACCCUUACCCUCGUCACCGCCGCCGCAGCCGCAGGCAGGUUCACCGACCGCUGCUACUGGAACGUCAAGCUCGAGGAUCGGACAAAGUCAAAGCUCGCCGACUUUGGCAUUCCAAAGAAGCGCCUCGCCACUAUUGUCUGGGCGCUCGAGCCCAUGUAAGCUGCUAGUCCGACGCGGCCGAGGCCGUCGAAGACUCCGCCAGCCAGGUUUCGGACUCAUCGCUUGA